UACUUUCUUUUAGCCCAGUGUUUUAACACUACACACCAGUAAACAGUGAACACAGGAGAUCUCUAGGCCAACAGACUCGUAGACUACAGUGGUCUUCAGGAUGAACAGAAAGUAGACGAACGUCCUGUCUCAAACAUCCGGAGUGCUGCACUGUACGUGUGGCGUGUGGUGCGCCGAGGCAUGUGACGAGGUUGACGGGAGCCGAGCCGGCCUGAUGCGUUCCCUUCGAUGCUCCGUGCGUGUGGCCUUCCUCUCUGUGCUGCUCCUGGUGGUGUUUGUGCUGCUGACUUCCUACCUGUACCUGGGUAGUUCUUCCAUUGCGACUCUCGUGACCCCCGCCUUCCCGACAGUUCAUUACGAGGGACAGCAACAGGUCGUGCGGGAGGGCGGAGAGCUGCUGUCAAGGUCAGAUCUCAGAAAUAAUGUGGAAAAUACCUUGGAGGAAGACAGGCUGCCAGCAGGAUUUGAGGCAGACGUGAGAAGUAAGAGCUACAAAGUCUAUGUGGAACCAGUAACUGAUAAAAAGUCAUCACAACAAAAAGGAGAAAAGAGGAAACUAAAAAAUGCUGGAAUAAAUAGCUGGGAGAGUACGUUUAGUAAUGUGAGCACAAAGGGAGAUAAAACUGCUGGCCGCAGUUCUGGUGGCAAGGGCAGCAACUUUAAAGCUCAGAUUUCCCAAGUCGCUGGACUUCUGUCUCAAGAUGGCACCCGCAAAAGCUUGCUGGAGCGCAAGGUUGACCCUAAGCUCCUCCAAUCACAGAUCCGGCUGCUUGUGGCGGCCAUGAUGAGCAAGAGCACCAUGUUGGAUGAGCCGGCCCGCACCCCGACCUGUAUGGGGGAGACGGAACCCACAGAGGUGGAGGAUCUGCUGUGUAUUCCCAAACCAGAGUACCUCCCCGGCAUCAAAAACCCGUGCUGGUUCAGCAGCACCACCGCCGAGCCCAGUCCACAGGCUGAGGACCUCAAGCUGAGACAACGGCUGCGCUGUCUGCCCUACUUCCACCUGCUCGGGGUCGGCAAGUCUGGCACUACCGACCUGUGGAACCGCCUCAUGUGGCACCCGCACAUCGUCUCCAAUCACGGAGUCUUACACAAGGAGGCCCUCUGGUGGGCCUGGAGACGAUAUGGCUUCACUGGUUACCGGAGGUCAAAAGUUCAGGACUUUAAUACUUAUGUCGACAUAUUCAACAACACAGCCAGACAAGUUCAGAGGUCAUUGGAACAAGACACCCACUACCAUAAGCUGCUCAUCACAGGAGACGGCAGCCCUCCCGACUUCUGGGACUUCCGGGGCUGGCGCAACAUCAGCCAGAACCGAGGCCUGGCCAACCCUCAGGUGAUCACGCCGCACCUCAUGAAACAUUUCUACGACAAGCCAAAGUUCAUCCUCCUCUUUAAAGACCCUGUAGACAGACUUUACUCUGACUAUUUCUUUGUGGGCGGAGGACUCACCUCCUUAGACUUCCACAACGACAUCCUGGCGACCAUCGACAUGCUGGCCAGCUGCGUCAAGAUCCUCGGACUACAGCGCUGUUUUUACGACCCAAAACUUUACCAACGACUGCCUGUACGUCUGCCAUUUGCCUGCUACUCUGUCUUCAUGCGGGAGUGGCUCCGAGUGUUCCCCAAAGAAAAUUUUCUCUUCUUGAAAACGGAGGAUUACGCUAAAAACCCACAGGAGACUCUCAAAGAAGUCAUAAAUUUUCUUGAUCUGGCACCUUUAGACGAAAAAACCCUUCAGACGAUUGCGGAAGAGGACCGCUCUCGGGUGACCGUUCAAAAACACGAAGCGGGCCCCAUGAUGGAGGAGACCAAGGUCAUUCUGCGGCAGCUCCUGGGACCGUGCAGCGAGCAGCUCCGCAGCCUUUUACACAUGGACAAGUUCCGUUGGGACGGAUGACCUCACAAGUGUUUAUCACUGAAUCAUAUCUCUUUAUUUUCCUGUCACAUCACAGGAAAUUUGUCUCAGCUUUACAAAAUGGACAGGGUAGGGCCGAAUGAUGAUGAAAGGGUGGGGGAAUGGGAGGGGGGGGGCUGAGGAUGAGCUGUAGAAAUUGUAACACCGCUGGAAGGUGGGAGAACGUAUCUCACAAAACAGUCUAAAAAAUUAAGCUUGGCGACGAACUGUAUUUCCGAAGGAUUGAUGGGACUUUGUAAGUUAUAAACUAAUAGACUGAUGGUGCUCUCUAAGAUGCUAAAUGAAUUCAGGAAGAAGUCAUAUUUUUAUUUUGCCUGUAUGCGUUUAUUUAAGACACUUGGUAGAUCUACAUAUAUUUAUAUAUAUAUAUAUAUAUAUACCGUAUACGAUAUAUGAACCGUACUCCACACAAAGGCAUCUUCUUAUCAUCAUGAAGGAGUUUGCCUGCUUGUAAUUGUCAUGAGAAGAAAAUACUCAACAGAUAACGGUCAAUGAUGGUUAAGACGCUUCUAUAUCGUUUUAAUCUCAAAUUCAAACUCUCGAAGAAGUGCCUUGAAGUGUUUCUUCUGAGAGUAUGAUUUUUCAUUGUAGAAUUUGUCUGUAAGGUCUACAGACCCCUUAAGUAUGGCCACGGGUUGAAAAUGUGUACUUAUGAGUGUGAAAGAGUAAAGCUAACUUUGAAAAAAGUUUUAGGAAAUAGAGUUGUACAGCAUUUGGCUACACAAAUAGGUUAUAAAUGCUGAAGAUUACUAGAAGGAUUACUUGAGAGUAAUAACAUAUAAAGUUUAAAAAAGGAGGGAUAAGGACAUUAGAUGUCUGUGGCUUUACUGAAAAUGUGGAUUACUUUUUCAGUCUAUUUGUUGUGCAUUCCCAUGAACCAACAAUGUUUAAGGUGGUAGGAUGCUUAACUCGCUUUCUCUUUAUUUCUGAGAACCACAGAAUAGCUAAAAAGUUACUACGCUUUGUUUUCACAUGUUAGGUCGUACCAUUAUAAACACAAAGCUGUUAGGAAGAAGGAAAGUGAUCCAUACUUCAAAAUAAGAUCUUCAGGUUUUGUUUAAAAUACAUGUGGAAAUUCUGGCACUAAAAAGGGUCUGUUUUAUGGGGUAGCUUCUCUAGGGCAUCAGUAUCACUUAUAGAUCAUAUUUCAUCAUAGAAAGGCAAGCAAAGCUGAUUGAUAGUAGUUUAGUUGUGCUGUAUAAAAUUCAGCUAACAAUCUAGUUCCCCCCUAAAAAUCAGCCUUUUCUGUCUUGUUAUGAAUAUGAACUGGUUCUUAGACAGAGACCACUGUACAUUGCUCUUUUGAACACAUGCACAUAAUAUGUGUGUGUGAAAUGACUCGCACAUCCCUUCCUCUUUUCCCUUUUUUCUUACACGUGCCAUCACUGAGUCUGAAAAGCAGAUCUGAAAAAAAAAUUGAUUCCCCCCCCCCCCCCCCCUUUAUUGAACGAGAUCUGUUUUGUGUCGUCAGGGACACUUUCAGUCUUGUCUUGUUUGGCCAACAGACAUGUCAGUUCGUCAGAUCUGAUGUCCGGAAAUGUAAUUCUUGUGGAACUUUUUGUAUGAACAGGAAGGUGUAUGUGUUUCCGGAGUAUUACGUUCUACUGCCUAUGCAUGAGCCAGCUUUUUGUGUAGAGCGAGGCAUUAUGUUAUUUGUGUGCGUGUGAGAUUCCAUGCAAGUACGAGCCAGUAUGAACUGUUUAUUUUAGCAGUUUUUGUAUGAUUACUUUUUUUUGCUGUUGCUUUUUAUUUAAGGGUAGGCAAUAUUUCUGUUUUACAAAAUACUCAAAUCAAGUUUAUGUGAUAGGUGUAUAUUUUGUUUGUUUUUUUGUAUUGCUGUACCCUCGUCUUUGGGAAAUAAUGGAAUUUUGCUUUUGUAAACCUCUGACUCUGAGCCCAUACUGGGCACUGUUAGUUUUAGUGUCAAUAGUUAAUAGGCCUGAUUAUCAACGGCUUUGGUCCUCUUGAGUAUGAUGAUUCAGGAAAACCGUUCUAAUGGCUGUCUUUAUACAAUAGUGAUUGCAAAAAAGAUAUUACAAUGAUAAAUACUACGCUUUUUGAUUUUUAAAAGCUCAGCUAGGUAGGUGCCGUCUUAUAACCUUUUGAUGACCAGGACUGUUUUUAUCUAAAUGGGGAUCUUUAAAAUGACAUCCACCCCUUUGGCGCUCAUAUGACCGUAUGUAGUUGCGAGCUCUGUAACACCUCUACGCUCUACUAAAACUAAAACCUAGGGAUCAGAAGCAGCCAUUGAAGGGUUUCCCUGGGUCCCCACACAUUUUUGAUGGGCAGAGGAGCGAUGUUUGUGCUUAUCAUUAGUUGUUGCUGUUGUGUAUUGUGAGAGUGGAUUUCCACCUACGCUGUGUGGAUGAAAAAACCCCCACAUUUUUCUCCUAAGCUCUUUGGCUUUGAAAACACGUCAACCAUUUGUUUAGUGUUUAGGAAAUGCUCUGCUUCCAUUGUUCAAAGAAACUACAAGCUUUAUGAAUUGCCCAUAGUUACCGGUAAUAAUUAAUUGAAGUGAUAAUUUUUUUUUAAAAUCUGUGUUACUACAGCCAUUUACACUGUGAAUUAAAAACUACAAAACUUACUAGAGUAUGAAUAGCUCCUUAAGUUGGAAUUUCAGGGUCAGUACCAAGUCAAAGACAUAUUUAUAAUACCUCUUCAGCGUUUUUUUCUAUUGGAGACUUUUUUGUUUGCCAUCUUGAUGUGGUAGAAAUUCAAGUUGGAUGUUUAAAUGAUGCGUACCAGGGUAAGUGUUCUUUUAAAAAGGGAAAAUUUGUAAUUACAGUUGGGCACAAAUGACAUGAACGCUCAAAACUCGAAGUCACGGUAUAAUGAAUGUUUCAGUUUGUGUCUGUGUGCAUGUGUAUUUGUUUGUUUGAACGUUAGGGGCUGUUCACAAAUGACGGCGGCUAAGAUUUGGUGAAAAAUGACACCCCCCCCACCCCCUUGUCAUCUUCUGUCAUCUUUCCCAGGACCCCUCAAGAGGGAUGGGUGGCGUGCUCGGUCAAAGUGCACACACUAUCUACCUUUCAAAUACUUCUAUCUUUCAUAUAUGUAGUGGAAAAAAAAGAUUUGGUAUUUUUAAUUCAAUGUUUUCCAUGUUUCUAAAAGAUCAAAUACGCCAGCAGUGGUUGUCAACCUGACAGAAAGCGAAUGCACUUUUUACCAAAUUUUACAACAUGAUAACGAACUGGUAUUGUUUCAUCAAAUGGUUUCAGCAAGCAUGUGUCAUGUCUUUUCCUUUCUCUGGUCUGGUCCCAUCCUGAUGCUAAAAAAA